AUGACAUUGUUUCUCUUCAUAAGAGUCGGAGAAAGUGGUCAAGAGGACGUCGAAGAAGAGGCGGAAAGACUGAAUGCGCAGGCGCACACGAUUCAGCAAUCUCAACACAACCUAGCCUUUGUACAUGAAGAGGGCGACAAAAUUCCCAUGACUGACGUCAGAGUUACGGUCAAUGGGGAGAUGAAUGGGGAAGUGAAAGAGGUGAAUGGGGAGGCGAAGACGAACGGUGACGUCAGCUUAUCCAAGUACACAGAGUUUAAUAAGGAAAUAAAGAAGAAUGGUGGAAUGGCACUUACAUUUCAGCAAUUUAAAAGUAUGAUUAUCAAAAAAGCUAUACAUUCCUGGCGAAAUCGAGUCGUGACGUUUGUGCAGCUGGCACUUCCGGUCAUCUUCACGAUCCUUGCCCUCGUCAUCGAGAUGAACGCCACAGAGUUCUCGGAGGAGCCGGCCUUACCCCUCAAUCUGGCCAAUUUUGAGAACCCCGUGACGAUCUACAACAACCCUGCCAACAUUAUUGCCGCCAAGUACAAGGACUUGUUUACGUCGACAGAGGACGCGACCUCGGCGGCGUCAUAUGAUAGAUACGUCAUAGACAAAAUGAAAGAGUUGGGUAUGUCGGUGUACAGUAAGAGGUACAUCGUGGGUCUAGACGAUAGUAAUCCUAACACAACCACUUAUUUCAAUGGAGAUCCCUUCCACAGCCCCGCCAUAGCGCUGGCCUUCACCCUGGAUGCCAGUCUCAAACAUUAUGGAACCGGUGCGAUGGGUAUACAGACAGACAAUCACCCAUUCAAGCGCAGCUUGGACGACAACAGCCAGAGAGCGGCGGGAACCGCCGGAAGCGGGUUCUCCAUUGCGUUUGUCAUUCUGUUUGGUGUCUCAUUCUUGACUACAAGUUUCAUCUUGUUCCUGAUCAAGGAGCGCGUGUCUGGCGCAAAACAUCUACAAAAGGUUAGUGGUCUGAGUUCCCUGACUUACUGGCUUGCCAAUUUUGUAUGGGAUUAUAUCAACUACCUUAUUCCCGCCAUUUUGAUGGUCGUCUGCUUCGCGGCCUUCCGGCCUGACGCUUAUUUCCUGGGCGAGCCAUCCCGAAUCAGCCUGAUCCUGUUGGUGUAUGUUCUAUUCGGCUGGGCCUCCCUUCCCUACACGUACGUCCUCCAUUACCUGUUUAAGACCCCGGCUACAGGGAUGGUGACCAUCACAAUGUUAAACAUUCUGACAGGUCUAGCAACGACACUGGCCGUGUUUUUACUGAUGUUCCCCACCUUUGGAACACAAAACAUUGCUCUUCAGUUGGACUGGAUCUUUGCCCUUAUUUUCCCGCACUAUAAUCUGGGUUCCAGCAUCAUGAACAUUUAUACCAACUACCAAUACAUAAACACGUGCGAGAGCAGUAACUACCAGCUCACGUGUCAAAUUCCCGCCCUGGAGACCGGAAGUUGUUGCAUGGAUAAGUGUGGUACCAGCUGUCUGAGAUUCGUCCUUGACUACCUCAGCAUGACUUACCCUGGGAUCGGGAAAUACGUCCUACUGAUGGUCAUACAAGGCGCCGUCUACCUCCUCCUGGUCACACUAGCAGAACUUAACUUCUUCUACUGGGUGAUGUAUAAAUUAAGAGGAAAACAACACACGGCCCAGGUGUUCUCCGAGGAGUCUAUGGGAAGUGACGAAACAGAGGACGAUGACGUCAAGAAUGAACGGAAAAGGAUCAACGCAACAGACAUAUCAAAGCUACAGGAGACAGAUGCCUUGGUGCUGAAGAACCUUGCGAAAAACUACGGGAAUUUCCGAGCGGUGAAGGGGGUCAGCAUCGGAAUUCCUCGACAGGAAUGCUUUGGUUUACUUGGACAGAAUGGUGCAGGAAAAACGACCACCUUUAAGAUGAUGACUGGGGAUGAAAUUGUUACCGGCGGGAACGCCUACCUAAACAAAUACGACGUAAAGAAUCAUAUCAAAGAGGUCCAACAGAAUCUCGGGUACUGCCCACAAUUCGACGCAUUGAUUGAUCAGAUGACCGGAAGAGAGAUCCUCUUUAUGUUUGCACGCCUGCGGGGAGUUCAGGAGCAGUAUAUAGAUCGUGUUGUAAUGGAACUGAUCAAAGUUUUAAUGCUGGAGAAGUAUGCGGACAGACAAUGUGGAACAUACAGUGGUGGUAACAAGAGAAAACUAAGUACAGCAAUCUCCCUGAUUGGAGAUCCCCCCUUUAUAUUUCUUGACGAGCCAACCACAGGGAUGGAUCCUGGAGCACGGCGCCAAUUGUGGAAUGUUCUCUCACAGGUCCGCGAAAGUGGAAGAACUCUAAUCUUAACAUCACAUAGUAUGGAGGAAUGUGACGCCCUGUGUACACGCUUAGUCAUCAUGGUUAACGGUCAGUUUGUCUGUCUGGGGAGUCCACAACAUCUGAAGAACAAAUUCGGGAAUGGAUACACUCUGAUUGUCCGACUAUCAGCUGACAAUACCGACUCAAGAGAGCUCAAGAACUUCAUUAAGGAGAGGUUCAAGGACAGCGAGAUAUUCGACGACCAUCAUGGAUAUGUCCACUUCCAAAUUCCGGACGCCACCGUGUCGCUGUCCACGGUGUUCGGCGCCAUGGAGGAGGCGAAGUCGAGGCUGGGACUGGAGGAUUACUCCGUCCACCAGACCACACUAGAACAAGUGUUUCUCACCUUCACGACCAAUCAGGUCCCGCCCAAAGAGAAGAAGAAACCCAAGGGCUGCUGCGGAUUGUGCACGUGCUGCUCUUGCUGUGCGUGCACAAUGUGCUGUGGUGAGGAUUGAAAGGGUGCCGUUUAAUUCAGUUGUUUUUAUCCUAAACUAAAGACACAAGACUUUAAAAAGGCACAUGAAGGAAACGCAAUUCGUUUAAACAGCAUUGUUAGAAUUUAACAAGAUUGUCAAUAUAAUAUGGAAUGAAUCUCACUUACCAUAACAAAGAGAAAUAUGAGAUUUUUAUGUGGAUUUCAUGCUUAUCGCUAUAUUUUUGUACUUUGUCAUUUGUGUUGAUUGUUAUUUAAUAAUAAACUUGAACAAAUAUAUAUGAUGGAUGAUUGCUAAAUUUAUAUUUUUCAGAAUGGAAAACAACGAUUUUUAAGUUUUUAUCGGAAUAGAAACAUAUUAAGUUAUUAAGAUGUGGCAAAAAAUAUAUUCUUUUUAUUUUUUUCUUCUAUGGGAAAGUCAGUCUUUUUUGUUAUUUAGUUUAGGCACAAUGUCAUAGAAAUACUCGCCACAACAGAUUAGUACAGAAUAGUCCUAUAACGUGCUGUUGUUAAAGCUUGUAGUCUAACCCUGUGAUAUAAUAUUUUAUUUAUAUGUGAAACACCAGGAGUAAACUGGAAUCCACCCCUUUAUUUUUUCCAGAUAUAUGUCUUAUUUAUUCUGUUUUGUGUCAGAAGCGAUACAAUUUUUCUCACGUUUGUACAUGUACCUGGAGAUGAGAUAAUUUAGGCCCUUUUCAAUCAUAUUUUUACCCAGAUUUCUUUUGCAUUUUCAAACAAAUGUGAUGAUUUUGUGAUUAGCACUUCCCGAGUGUUAAGGAAUUAAUCAGUGUCAUAAUGAUGUUUAUACUGUAGAAUAAUGUAGAUGAUAUCCAGCUUUUACAUGUAAAUUGGAUGACGAAAGCAUUUAUUAUUGAGUUAUCGUUCGUGACAGAUCUCCAAAUUAUCUCAGAGUUACACGUCUUUCUGUUUAUGAAUUAACUUUUUUUAUGGAAGAAAUAAAUAAUAUAAAUGA